ACAAAAGGAACAGAGUGUAGUGCACUCUCCUCUGCCAAAAAUGGUCACUCCUAGACACCCCCCACCACCAUUAAUGAUAGUUGCAGGCAUCCAAGAUUUGCCCAAUCUCCCUCCUUUAUUAACUUGAAAAAUGCUCAGAUAUAUUCUUAGAUUCCAAGCAUAUGUUCAAUGAAUAAAAGGAAGCGUGAUUCUGUAGUUGCUGGCGGUUCUGGGUAUCCAUGUCACGUCGAAGGUAAGCUUUGUUGAUCAACAGACUUUCAUGGUGCUUGUGUGAGGAGAGGAGAUUGGAGGAUUGGUGAGAGAGAAGCAAUGGAGUGCUGGUGGGUUGUGAUUAUGGGCUGUGUUGCUGUGAUGUGUUAUUGGUUUUGGCUCGAAAGGGAGAAGAGAAGGUUACAGAAAAAGGGGAUCCCAAGAGGAAGCGCCGGCUGGCCUUUCAUCGGAGAAACUCUUGACUUCAUUGCCUGCGGUUAUUCCUCCAAACCUGUGAGCUUCAUGGACAAACGCAAAUCUCUGUAUGGAAAGGUGUUCAAGUCGCACAUAUUGGGAACUCCAAUCAUCGUGUCCACGGAUUCAGAGCUGAACAAGGUGAUCCUCCAGAACCAUAGGAACGCUUUUGUGCCUGCCUACCCGAAAACAAUCCGAGAAUUGCUCGGCGAAAAUUCCAUACUCCAAAUGAAUGGAAGCCUUCAGAAGAGGCUCCAUGCCCUGAUCGGAGGAUUCCUUAGGUCACCGCAGUUCAAAUCUCAGAUAGUAAGAGACAUCGAGAACUCAGUCAAACUGACCAUGGCUUCUUGGGGUGAUAGGGAUGGAUCCAUCCUCUUCCAAGAAGAAAUCAAACAGAUAACGUUUGGGAUUUUGGUUAAAGUGCUAAUGAGCAUUGGCCCGGGCGAAGAGCUCGAGUUCAUGAGCAGAGAAUUUGAAGAGUUCAUCAAAGGGUUGAUUUGUUUACCUAUUAAACUUCCCGGAACAAGACUAUAUAAAUCCUUGAAGGCCAAAGAGCGGCUGCUCAAGGUGGUGGAAAGAAUCGUGGAGGAACGGAAAAUUUCUGUUCAGAAAUUGGAUGGAAAUGGCGAAACUAAUGACACACUGGAUGUGCUUCUGCACGAUACUGAUGAGGCAAACGAAAGUAGGCGAUUUUCAUCAGAUUUCAUUUGUGGGAACAUUAUAGAGAUGAUGAUCCCAGGAGAAGAGACGGUUCCCAUGGCCAUGACACUAGCAGUCAAAUUCCUAACGAAUUCCCCUGAAGCUCUGAAGCAGCUUAAGGAGGAAAACAUGGAGCUGAAGAGACAGAAAACCGAAUCCUUGGAGGAAUAUUCCUGGAUGGACUACAUUUCUUUGCCCUUUACUCAAAAUGUUAUCAAUGAAACAUUGCGACUUGCGAAUAUUAUCAAUGCAGUUUGGCGAAAAUCCACGAAAGAUGUGGAAAUCAAAGGAUACUUGAUACCACAGGGGUGGUGUGUAUUGGCAUCAUUCAUUUCUGUUCACAUGGAUGAAGAGAAUUACGAGAAUCCUUACAAUUUCAACCCAUGGAGAUGGGAGAAAACCGGAGCUGCGGUGAACAAUAGUAACUUCACACCAUUCGGUGGCGGGCAGAGGUUGUGCCCCGGCUUGGAACUCUCCAGGCUUGAAAUCUCAGUGUUCCUUCAUCACUUUGUCACCACCUACUCCUGGGCAGCUGAAGAUGAUGAGAUCGUAUACUUCCCGACUGUCAAGAUGAAGAGGAAGCUUCCGAUCAGAGUCACACUGUUGACUACUAUAUGAUUAGCUAAUUGAGUGGUCCAUGUACAUAAAGUGUCUUGAUGAAUUUGAUCAAACUGUAAUCCUAAGGUUAUUUUGCGUAUUGGCUACUGCUCAGUAACAUUUGCAUUGGAUACUCAAUCUCUGCUCUACCGUUCGACUAUGCAAGCUCUUUCUGUUUCCA